AAGGUCACAGUUCAGUGAAAAACAUACGUAUUAGUUUAUAUAACAUAUUUCGUGGGUAAUAUAAUGUUAUACCUGAGCUCCGGUUUAUCGCGAUAACGUUCGAAUAGCUUAUAGUGUUACUAUAGUGGUAUUCGCACGAUUCGUGUUAGUGAAAACCGUCUAAGUUUUCAGCCGACUAAGUUUGGCGUUAGUAUAACCAUAUUGUUCUAUGGUAUAACACUAUAGUCUAUAACGUGGUCUGAAAAUUCUGCGUAUCCAUUAUUCGGUGCACUCCUCGUCAGUCGUAUCGUCGGAAGUCAAAUAUUGCCCAGAGGAAGUUGGAUGCAGUAGCAUAAUAUCUAGCAGCGGCUCCGAGAACACAUUGCGGAGUAUUUACAGUGUUUGCAAAUAUUGCAGUUUGUAGACUUGAGCAGCAUUACAGUAUUAUAGUGUCGGUGUCAACGCUGCCAAGGACGUUCGUCAUCACUUAUCCUCAUCAACUUAUUCGCUCGUAUAGUCUCGUGGUACUGAGUAUUGAACAGUACACACAAGCCACUCUCUUCUAGAAGCAAAUCAUUAUAAAAAAAGACAGCUACAAUGACAGCUAACGACGAGAGAUUGUACGUCGUACCCGAUCUGUUGACGUCGGCUUACUACGCGUGUAACAAGAUCCAGCGGGACAAAUACGACGAGAUGCAGACUCCGGACGUCGACUUGCGGAUUUGUUGUGAGUCGCUUUUUCAAAUCGUGAAACUCAACACGGAAAGUGAUGGUUUCGAAUCGUUGGGUGAUAGGAGGUCCAUGGUCGGGAAGUUGCAGUCAGUGGUCCAUUGCGACUUAAUCCGUAACCUAUGUGAGAAGGCCGCGUAUUACGGACACAUUGAUUGUCUGAUGUUCGCUCGCGAGAUUGGCGUUCCAUGGAACGUUUCCUCGGGGGUAAAUUCCUCCCGAAGGGUCCAAAUUGUGUAUGACCACGCCGCGGGCAAUGGUCAACUGAACUGCAAGGAGUAUGCUUUUGAAAACGGCCGGUCAACGUGUACAGCAGCCGCGUCGGGCGGACACCUAGACUGUCUUAGGUAUGCGCACGAGAACGAAUGUCCAUGGGAUGAACGAACGUGUCAGUAUGCUGCAGAAAAUGGACACCUGGACUGCUUGCGUUACGCUCAUGAAAACGAAUGUCCAUGGGACGAAGAAACGUGUUCUUAUGCUGCGGCACAUGGGCACCUGGACUGCUUGCGUUACGCUCAUGAAAAUGGAUGUCCAUGGGACGAAGUAACGUGUUCUUAUGCUGCGAUAUUUGGACACCUGGACUGCUUGCGUUACGCUCAUGAAAAUGGAUGCCCUUGGGACGAAAAUACGUGUCAGUAUGCUGCAAAAAAUGGAUACCUGGACUGCUUGCGUUACGCUCAUGAAAAUGGAUGCCCUUGGGACGAAGAGACGUGUUCUGAUGCUGCGACAUUUGGACAUCUGGACUGCUUGCGUUACGCUCAUGAAAAUGGAUGCCCUUGGGACGAAGAGACGUGUGAUUUUGCUAUGGCAGAUGGGCACCUGGACUGCUUGCGUUACGCUCAUGAAAAUGGAUGUCCAUGGGACGAACGAACGUGUUCAGAUGCUGCGAUAUUUGGACACCUGGACUGCUUGCGUUACGCUCAUGAAAAUGGAUGCCCUUGGGACGAAGAUACGUGUUUGCUUGCUGUGGAAUUUGGAAAUCCGGACUGCUUGUGUUACGCUCGUGAAAAUGGAUGCCCGUAUGGUCGUAAAACGUUUGAGGCAGUAGUUUUAUAUUGUUUGAAUUACCUCAAAAUUUGAAUAAUAUAUGGUCGCUCAUACUGCAACAGUUCGUAUCCCGGUAGUCAAACUUUUAAAAACGCACAGUAGCAGUAGGUAUAAGCGACGAUGUAGCAUAGGUUUCGAAUCGAUAGUAGAUUAAAUUCUAAUAAAAUUAACCGUAACACAGCGAGUGCCGGAGCAUGCAUUAUUUGUGUCAACACAAACGAUUAUUAUUUGAUAGGUAGUUGAUGCAUAUUGUAUAAAUUAAAUGAAUUAGCGAUUUGAAGUAGGUAUUAUUAAAAUUCAAAAUAGGGUUAAGAAAACAUUUAUUUAGUGAGUAACACAUUUUAAACUUUGAGUAACAUCUGAAAACAGUAAGUACUUGCAUUCCUUGAUACAUUUUUACAUUUUUAAAUAACUAAAAUAUAUAUCUCAAAUUCUAAACUUAUUAUACUAACAUAUUAUAUGACAUCUGUUCAAUCAAUUAUUUCUUACAGAAUAUCAAUUUAGGGUGGUUCCAGUCUUGUAAAGUAAUUGAGUAAAAGUAUCCAAAUAAUUUUUAUGUACUCAAUGCGUAUUCUAAA